AAAAAUGUCAGUUUUCAAAUGCAACUUGCUGAGUGAACAACAGUUCACCAGCUAGAUCACUUAGAAAUAAGUUAAGAGUGGCAGUAAAAAACUGAUAUAGUAUUUAAUAGUGGUUAUUAAUGCAACACAGUUCCAAAUGAAUCGAUUUUUGAUUUGGGCUGUCGUGAUAACAAUUGUACUGAGAAACACGGCAGAUGGGUUUAUAACAUUUUCAUUAAAUUCAAAUAAAUUAUGGUCGAAUCCAAAGUCACAGGCCAUUAACUUGUUCAAUGCAUCGCAGGAGGGGAAGUCGAUCUUAGAGCAGAUGAAAACCUACGAUGGAGCAGAAUGUGACCGAGUGUGCAAUGCAACGGAAACUCCUCGAAUAUGUUACUUUUCGUGGGUUGCAGAAAACUAUGCAGCAAUGGGGUCAGCAUGCAAGGACUGUCGAUGGGGGAACCACACCGAUUGUUCCCACCCACAGUGCAUCACCGCCGACGGUAUGGAACGUCCGGUAGUGUCGUUGAAUCGCCAAAUGCCGGGCCCAGCCGUCAUCGUUUGUCGUAACGACAUAAUCGUAAUAGAUCUCCUGAACCACAUGGAGGGAUCGUCCACUACCAUCCACUGGCACGGGAUGCACCAGACGCAAACUCCCUGGAUGGAUGGCGUUCCGAUGGUGACGCAGUGUCCGAUUCCCGCGGGGAACACCUUCCGCUAUGUGUUCAAUGCCAGCGAGCACGGAACUCAGUUUUACCAUUCCCAUGCCGGCCACCAGAAAGCGAAUGGGCACUUUGGACUGCUGGUGGUGCGUCAUCCAACCGAUUUGAAUAUGAAUCUGUACGAUUACGACUUGUCGGAACAUCACAUCAUCAUCGCAGAUUGGACCUUGGAUAUGGCUGAGAAAUUCGUUCCUGGCCUGCAAAGUCACACCAUUCAGAUGGAUUCCAUUCUGAUAAACGGACGAGGGCGCCACUUCGAUGAAGAAGAACAAGAACUUCAGCAAUCUCCUCUGACGGUUUAUCGGGUCGAGCAAUGGAAGCGGUACCGAUUUCGGAUGAUCAGCAGCGGAAGCCAGUUCUGUCCCUUCCAACUACAGAUCGAAGCCCACCGGAUGCAAAUCAUUUCCACCGAUGGCGGCGCAGUCCAGCCGGUAACCGUCGAUACGGUCAUUUCGACAUCGGGCGAACGGUACGACUUUGUCCUGCACGCCGACCAAAAACCAGGCGACUAUUGGGUACGUGUUCGGGCGGUUGGUUUUUGCAAUAUCCAGAGAAAGGAAGAGUUCGCUGUUCUGUCCUACCGUUCGAGCAGUGAAAUCAGCGAUGAAGAGCUGGCUUUUCCGGUGCAGGUGCCUCCCACCUGGGAUGAGCCGUUUCCCGAUGGCAUGACCCUCAACCAUCCAAACAGCACUUGCUACCAACCGGGAGAUCAAUUUGUCUGUGCAUCGGACCUGGAAGCUCACGAGGUGCAGCGUGACGAUGCUCUCAUUGAUGCAGUUCCAGACAAAAAGUUCUAUGUCGCUUUCAACACAUUUACUGCCGACACCAGUUUGCUAUUUUCCAACGAUGGCUAUGUCCGCUAUAUGACUGUCGCCCUAACGCUCAACAACAUUGGCAUCACGAACAACAUCAGCAUGGUGUACCCGUCAUUUCCGCCCCUCACCCAACCGGAACUGCUGCCCACCAUGGAAAAUGCAUUCUGCAACGUCAGCAGUCGUCCGGCCCAAUGUCCGAUGGAGCGAGCCUGCUUUUGCGUCCACCGUCUAAAGGUGGACCUCAACGAUAUAGUGGAAAUGUCGCUAAUUGACGACGCCGAAGUGAUCAGAGAGCUCUAUCACCCGUUCCAUCUGCACGGGCACCGAUUCAUCGUUACCGGAAUGGGGCAACUGCCAACCAGGAUAAAACAUUCAUCCGAAAAGCUUCGGUGGAUCAAAGACGAGGAACUUAAGCCCGUCGUCAGGCGAACACGUGGGAUGCCCGAUGGGCACAAUCCGCCCUACAAAGACACCGUGUCGAUUCCGAGCCGGGGCUACACGAAAAUUCGUUUCCGUGCGGACAAUCCAGGGUUCUGGUUGGUGCACUGUCAUUUUGAGUGGCAUUUGGGCAUCGGAAUGAGCUUCAUUCUGCAGGUCGGUGAGAUCGACCAGAUGAUUAAAACUCCACCGGGCUUUCCCACCUGUGGCCACUACAAACCCGAAGUCGAGAGCAUUUUCUCGUAGGAUAGCAACCGAACUGACUAUCAAAUGGAUUUUUGGACUUGGUGCACCGACGGUUGAUAGGAGUACAUUAGGAUCGGAUUUGUUGUUCAUUACAUUAGAUCCACAGCAUGUUGAGUGGUUUGAUAGGAGCGAACGUAUCCGUUCGGAUUAAUAAAAUGAGUGAUAUUUAUACAACCAUUA